AAGAGAAGGGGAAAGAGAUGGAAGAGCAGGACCCAGAAGAACCUGGGACUGGCAAGAGAGCAAGGAAGAGCCCCCAUCCCAUCCAACCUGGGAGUGGUGUUCAAUUCUGGGAAAGAGCUGUCCCAGAGAUCUUGGCUAAGGACACCAUGACCUCAGAUGGACAUUGCCAACGCUUCCAGCACUUCCGCUACGGUGAGGCCGAUGGGCCCCGAGAGGUUUGCAGCCAGCUCCAUGGACUUUGCAGCCAGUGGCUGAAGCCAGAGAGGCACACCAAGAAGCAGAUCGUGGACCUGGUGAUCCUGGAGCAGUUCCUGACUCUCCUGCCCCAGGAAAUGCAGGGCUGGGUCAGAGGAUGUGGGCCGGAGACCAGUUCCCAGGCCGUGGCCUUGGCUGAAGGUUUCCUCCUGAGUCAGGCAGAGGAGAAGAGGCAGGCAGAACAGGUGAGGGGAUUCUCUCCAGGUGUGUCCAAUUCAAGCGAUGAUAUCUGGCCUUUUUCUAAAGGUUCCCCACCAGAUUAUUGCUCAGAGCCUCUUCUACUAGAGAUUUCUGACCCCUGCAGAUAA